AUGACCCAUGACCACAGACGUGAGAGGCCAAAAUCUGUUACUUUACCGAAACUCCAACUACCGACAUUUGAUGGAGAUGUUCUCCAUUGGCAGGAAUUCUGGGACAUGUUUCAGUCAUCGGUUAACACGCAAGAGCUUCCAUCUGUCACUAAGUUUACUUAUUUGAAAGGAAUCCUUAGAGGGCAAGCAGCGGCUGCUAUUUCAGGAAUAGCUGUCACGGAAGAGAACUAUGACAUAGCACUUCGCACACUUCGAGACAAAUACGGAAGAAAGGAUGUCAUUGUUGAGAGUCUGUACGCUUCAUUUCAGAAGAUACCGAUUGCUUCAAACGAAUUUGCAGAUGUUCAACAUACAUAUGAUGCGAUUGAGCGGAUCUUGAAACAACUCGAGACACAUGAAGAUGUCAAUCAUCAGCGUCUGCUUAUACCACAAAUUCUGUCAAAGUUUCACGUGGAUACCGUUACAAAAUUGGAGGAAUCUAAAAAACCAAGUGAAAUCUGGACAGUUAAAUCUGUAAGAGAAGCUUUGAAGCACUAUGUAAAGAUUCGUGAGAAUGUCUACCGACGAGCGAGCAAUACAAAGAAAAUGAGUAAUCAACAAUCUCGAGUGAUGGAGAGGCGAUCUUCUUCAGAAGCACUCUCAGUUGCUGCUUCAAUUCGACUAGUCGACACAGAGAAGCACACAACAUUAUUACCUUGCGUUUUCUGCAAUGACAAACAUUACAAUGAAAAUUGUGCAGAAUACAAGUCAUUGCCGGCAAGGAAACAACGACUCCGUGAGUUGGGACGAUGUUUUAUCUGUCUUCAGAAAGGACAUACCUUCACGGAGUGCUGUAACAGACAUCUACGUAAGUGCUAUCACUGUAAACAAUCGGGCCAUCACAGCCGAGCCUUAUGUCCUCGGAAGACCAAUAACAGCAAGAAGCGAUUCGAAUCAGUUGCCGUAACAACUGAUAUACAAUUACCAAAGACUCAAGAUGACGGGGAUUCCACUUGUAGUGGCGCUUCGAAUACUACUCAAAAUUUAGCAAUUGGUGAAAACCGUUUUGCUCCAAACAGUACAGUCUCUAGUUGUAGCAAAUGA